AUGUCUAAAUGGCCAGCAACCUCUGAAAUCGCUCCAAAAGCGUCUUUCAAGCGCGUCAAACAAACCGAUGUCAUCUUGAAGAUGGUGAAGAUGUUCGUCUCUACCGAGGCAGAAGUUGACAAAUGGUCAGGAGAGGAAAUAGACUAUUCUGAAGAAGAUGACGAAGCCUUCGUAGUCCCUGACGAGGCUUGUGACAAGGCUUGUGACAAUGAUCGGGCUUCUGGCAAUCAUCGAGCAUCAGUGUCGGACCCUCUGAAAGAUGUGACGGCAUGGCGCAUUCUGAAGGAAUUCCUCGAUACUGAUAUGGGCUUCGGUCAAAUGCAGGCGAGACUUCUGGCGCACCUGGGUUCGCAAUAUCGUGAAGAGGACUGGGCGGAGGCGAAGAGUUUAUUGUUCUCGGUUGGCUCUUUCCAUGCCUAUGACCUUCUGGAGGUGGAAUUCUCAGAUGAUCCAAUGUCGUCGGCUCACUGGGAGUCCGUGCUGGACGCUAUCAGGGAGGCCAACACCCCUGAGGAUAAACUUCAGGUCUUUACCAGGCUGACAUCGACACCAUCAGCAGCCUCCAAUAAGCCUCCUCGAAAAGUUGGAGUCAUCGAAGAGCCGACAUCGAUUACGCAAGAUGUCGAGACAAUGCCAGCGCCUGACCUCCCGAUGUGGCUUGUCACAGUACCCCUUUCGAAAGCGUCUUUCUUAGCCACACAAUUGAAAAACAAGGGUUUUGAGGUCUACACACAUUCCACCCUUCCAGGCCGUCUGUGUGUGAAGGCUGAGGACACCUAUGUCAUCAGGGAGGCUUGGCCCUCAUCCCACGUCAACUGCUUUUUUGAUGUUAUCUUUCUCCCUCCGGAAGAUCAGUCCUCCGUCGAACACCGCAUGACGAUCCCUGGCUGGUAUCGCCCUAUACGUGGGCCAUAUCGGUUUGACGUGGGCCUCGCACACUCAUAUAACAGGCAAGCUGAUACUCUCAGAGUGUUAUUUCCGUCCAGGGCACACCCAGAAUGGGGUAUCUGGAAGGACCUCCACGUGCCGCGCCUUCACAAUCCUCCCGAUGGUGUCUCAACCUCUGGGGGUCGAGGGGAGACCUACAUCCACGGCCUUCUGGUGCUCGACCUGCGUAGAACCGCAGUUGUUGAGGUCCCAAUUCCCGUCCCAGAGAGCAUUAGACUCCAUAAGGAGUCCACAUAUUGCAGUAACAUAUCUCCAUAUUAUACGAGUGAACGGACGUGCAUAAUAUCCCGUAUGAUAUGGGCCAGCGGACCAUGGGCCAAAGGUAGAUAUAUCCUCGACUAUGACGGAUGUGCCGGGAGUGUUAUUAUUCCCGAUGGAGACGGGUGGGCCCAUGUAGGGAAUAUGUAG